GCCCAACCACUACGUGCCCGGAAGUGGCGGCUGAACGCGCGCAAGACCGAAAGUCGAAAAGGAGGGUGAGGGAGAGACCCAGGCCCAAGUCAGGAUCCCCUAGGGGCACCGUUAUGAUUUGCCCCAUCUCUUGAGAACAUGGAGGAGGUCUCUGAAGACUCUGGCAAUAGAAUGGCUUUACCUCCUCAAGAGGACUCUGGUUCAUCACAGCAAUCACGUUUCAAGCCUAGCAAGAGAUCAAGGCCCUCAGUUCCAGUUGGGCCCCCCCAGAAGAAAAAGAAGAGAAAAAGUUCAUGGAGACGGCCAUCUGCAAGGGUUGGUUACCACAUUCAUGAAGCUGAGGACAUGCUGCUGAUUGUACCCAAUCUGGAAGAGCCAGCACCACGGGCCCACAGAAAAAAGGCCUGCCAUCUCAGGAAGUUAGCUCGACCAAAGGUCCACCAGCCAAAGUGUCGCCGGCCACGUCGAGUGGAGACCCCAAAUAGUGCAGAUCUCAGCCUAGUGCAGGGGAGGCAAUCUCCUCAGGACAGCACUACUUCAGGGCCAGGCUGGGGAGACCACAUUCCUCUGGAGAUCUUGGUUCGAAUAUUCCAAGUGUUAGUGGCUUCUGAUGGGGCAGUGCCCUUCCUUUGCAGGGCUGCCCGGGUAUGCCGUCUGUGGUAUGAUGCUGCCUCCCACUCUGUGCUAUGGCAGAAGGUGUCUCUGGCCCCACCUUGGCCUCCUCGCUCAAAGGGUCCUCCAUCAAAGGUGGAGAAGAGGAUUCUCAGUUCUCUAGAGUGGCUGGUACCCAACAGGUUUUCAUUACUCCGGGAGCUUUCUCUGUCCCACUGGAAAAACUAUGUACCUCUGAUGUUGAAGGCUGUCAGUGAAUCUUGUCCCCACCUCACAUCUCUCAAGCUUUCCCACUGUCAGUCUGUGACAGCAGAGGCCUUGGUUACUCUGCCCAGGGCCUGCCCCCAGCUGGAUAGCCUCAACCUGCAGAACUCCCAGGUGGAGUCAGCAGCAGUAGUUGGCUUUCUGGAGGCAGCAGGCAAACAACUCCGGCAGCUGUGGCUGACUUAUAGUAGCCAAAUGACCUCCAUCAUCUCCUCUCUGUCGAAUGGAUGCUGCCCCCAACUCCAGCUCCUUGAGGUGGACACAGGGAUAAAACCCAACAGUCAACACUUUCAGCUACACAUUGAAGCUCUGCAGGCUGGCUGUCCCCAGCUCCAGGUCCUGAGGUUACUGAACCUGGUUUGGUCUCCCAAGAUGGGAGGGCGUGGGGUAGCCCUGGGGCCUGGUUUCCCAGACCUGGAGGAGCUCUGCUUGGCCACGUCCACUAUCACCUACGUAAGUGAUGAGGUCCUGCAUCGCCUGCUGCAUGCUUCUCCUCGCCUGCGGGUGCUGGACCUCCGAGGCUGUGCCCGUCUCACACCUGCAGGCCUGGCCAGCUUGCCUUGCCCUGACCUAGAACAGCUACACCUGGGCCUGUAUGGUUCCGUAAUUUGGGUAGCCCUACCCAAGGAGGGAAGCCCUUUGCUCACGAGGAAGUGGCAUCGCACUCUUCAGGAGCUAGACCUGAAUGGCCAGUGCUACCACGAAGAGGAUCUGAAGCAGGCCCUGGUAGCUUUCUCAAGCACAGAGAGUGGGCACAGCCCCAUCCUUCGCUCCCUCAGCCUCAAGGGCACUCAGGUUACUGUGGCAACUAUCAGCUCUGUGAUCAGCAGCUGCCCUGCUCUCAGCUACCUCAACUUGUCCUCAUGCCGACACCUUCCUCGGGGCCUGAAGAAGGCCUACCGAGGACAGGCAGAGAUCCAGUGGUGCUUGGACCAGCUCCUUACCGCCAUCUAGGACCCCCCUGUCCCAUUCGCUCUUCCUGCAUCCCCUCCUGGAUGCUCCUCCUGUCUCUUCCCCUUCUCCCAUUUAAAAAAAAAUAUUAAAGAUUUUGUAAAAUUAAAAUCCUUUUCUAAAAAUAACAAGAAGCCUAUCCAUCUUGGGACAGGAAGGAAAAGGUUUGAGGGUGUUGAAGGUGAUUUCAAGCCAGAUUUCCAGAGAUAUCUUAAAUUCAUCAUUUCUAAAAAAGCCCUGGCAUCCAUCUUCUCCUGAAUGCAGCCUUUCCUGAUGCCUCCCGUGCAACUGCAAGUGUCCCCCUCCCAAGCUAUCUUGUAUUUAACUACUUUGUAUAUAUUUGUAUUCAUUCACUUUGUAUUUAUGCUCUCUAUAUUUUUAUAUCUAUGUGUCUUUCCCAUUAGAAUGUAAACUGCUUUUGAGAGGCAUUUUUUCAUUCUUUAUGCUUCUAUCCCCAGUGCCUAGCAUGAGAGGCAUAGAGUAGGUGCCUAAUAAAUACUUGUUGAUUGAUUGACUGAUCUUUACCUCCUUCCCUGCAUCCAGGAAGGAUAUGGGAAUAAAGGGCUCAAAUCCCACAGCUGUUCUUCAGCCCAUGAGAGAUUCUUUACCAUAUUCUGUAAAUCCUCUAUCAAAGGCCUAACAGCUUAGCACACUGAAACUUUGUGCUUGUUCUCUUAACAUGUGGAUAUCAAUCUUUGGUCUAUCCAAAUGUUUAUUCUUCCUUUUUGUUGGAAGUUAUGUUGAUGCCUUCUGUUUUUACCUCACAAUCAUUCCCCAUGUCAGCACAGCCCCUUCCCCCCCAGCUAUCCCUUAUAAUUAAACCAGUUCAGUAAAGCCAGUCGAUGUAGCAGCUACGUCUGAUAGUUUAUGCAACAUCGCAUAACUUGAGUCCCCUCCCUCUUUACAGAAAGUGGGGAAAGUAUGUUUCAACGUGUUUUCCUAGACCAGGAGAGUUUGUGAGAUUGGUCACCACAAUUAGUCAGCCACCUUUUAGAAUUGUUUUCACUGAUGUUGUAGAUGUUGUGUAUACUGCAUUGUUUCUUCUUCACUCAGUUCAUAAAAAUUU